GGGAUCCAUUUGAACCGAACUAACUGUUGUCUAAGCCGAUAGGUUUUUCAAAAUUUUAAAUUAAAAAAUAGUGAAAUUAAAUCAAACUAAAUCCGAGUGAGAUAAAAAGAAACAACGCCUAAAUUGAACUGAAAGUAAUGAAAUGGAUAGGAACUUGUACAUAAGAAAUAGAUAGGAACUAAAAGAAUGAUUUUUAUAAGAUUGGAGAUAUGUAAAAUAAACAUAUACGAAAGUGUGAAAGGUAGAGCAUACAAAAAUUAAUUCGGAUUAAAAAGUCUUAAGAUUUUGAAGUAUACAAUAUACGAAUUAGAAAAUUCAGUACGAAAAAGGGUUUUAAGAAGAUAAUUUAUAAGGGCAUACGCAAAUCACCAAAAGUAUAAAAGAAAAAGAAGUUUCCAAAACUCAACUCGACUACAUGAUUUAUAAUAUGAUGGCUAAAACUAGCGAAGGCUUUGCUAAUAUGCCGAUAUGCUUGAAAUUGCAAAAACUGUCUAAAAUUUAUAGGUUAUUUUUGUUAAUAAUGCGACUGUACAACAUACUUAACAGAAAAUAUGCGACUGUACAACAUAUCAUUCAAUUGAUUGUCUCACGAAAGAAGGCGCUAAAAUAAAUGUGAAUGCAGUUAAUUUCAAAUACCUUUUUCUUUCUUUCUUGUAUAUGUUUACUUGAAAACCGGGAUUGGUCGGACCAUUCGCAACCCAUAUACAGUAGUAUAAACGUAGAUUAAAUACAUAUGAACGUGCAUGUCCGUGUUUGUGUGUACAAAAAAACAAUUAUACCGAGCUUGUUACUAUUGAAAACUUUACGCAAAAACAUAUCCAUAAAAAUCUUUUCAAGAGGAACUUAUGAAUAUUUUACUGCAUAUAUAUUCAACCUUUAUCUCUCUAUUUUACAAUAAAACGUUCCCUAUAUUUAUAUCUAAAACAUAAAUGACACACACCCAAAAAACCUAGAUACUCCCCAAAUUUCAUCCAACGGCACAAACUGCAUAAUAAAUAACCCCAUCAAAAUUUUAUAAUAUAUUGAAAUUUGAUAGCGAUAGUUUAGUCCUCGAUGAAUGCUAGUCCCUCAUAUUUACUCCUUUUGGCAUCCUCUCUCUCUCUCUCUCUCUCUCUCUCUCUCUCUCUCUCUCUCUCUCUCUCUCUCUCUCUCUCUCUCUCUCUCUCUCUCUCUCUCUCUCUCUCUCUCUCUCUCUCUCUCUCUCUCUCUCUCUUAUUUUACUAUUUUCUUGUAUCCAACCGUAAGACAAAACAACGAACUAGGAAGAGAGAGAGUGAGUAAGAGAUUUGUAGUCACAAUGCAAGAGAUAAUAUCGGAUUUUCUUGAAGAGUGUGAAUUCGUUGACACUUCACUAGCCGGUGAUGAUCUAUUUGCUAUCUUAGAGAGUCUUGAAGGCGCCGGAGAGAUAUCCUCCACGCCUGCAUCUACACCUAGAGAUGGAAUCGCAAGUUCAAACGAGUUAGUAAAGGAUCAAAUCCAUGAAACUUCAUCUCCUAAGAGGAAUAAGAGGAAAAGACUAGAAACCGACAAAGAAGAGGACGAAGAAGAAGACGGAGAAGGAGAAGGGGAAGGGGAGGAAGAUAAUAAGCAAGAUGGGGAACAAAAGAUGUCUCAUGUAACCGUGGAACGUAACAGGAGAAAGCAAAUGAAUGAGCACUUGACGGUUCUACGCUCUCUUAUGCCUUGUUUCUACGUCAAACGGGGGGACCAAGCAUCGAUUAUAGGAGGAGUUGUGGAAUACAUAAGCGAGCUACAACAAGUUCGUCAAUCUUUAGAAGCCAAGAAACAACGUAAGACCUACGCGGAAGUCCUAAGCCCGAGACUAGUCUCGAGCCCUCGUCCUUCACCGCCUGUCCUAAGCCCGCGAAAACCGCCUCUUAGUCCUCGCAUCAACCACCUUCAGAUCCACCACCACCUCCUCCCUCCCAUAAGCCCUCGAACCCCUCAGCCCACAAGCCCAUACCGAGCCCAUCCGCCGCAACUACCACUCAUCCCACAGCCUCCUCUUCGUUCUUACAGCUCAUUGGCAAGUUGUAGCACCUUAGGGGAUCCACCUCCAUACUCUCCAGCUUCAUCUUCUUCCUCUCCUUCAGUUAGUAGUAACCAUGAGAGUAGUAUGAUAAAUGAACUCGUUGCUAACUCAAAGUCGGCUUUGGCUGACGUGGAAGUUAAGUUCUCAGGAGCUAAUGUGCUGCUUAAAACGGUGUCGCAUAAGAUCCCUGGACAGGUUAUGAAGAUAAUCGCUGCUCUUGAGGAUUUGGCUCUCGAGAUUCUUCAGGUUAAUAUUAACUCGGUCGACGAAACCAUGCUUAAUUCUUUCACCAUCAAGAUUGGAAUUGAGUGCCAACUAAGUGCAGAAGAAUUGGCUCAACAAGUUCAGCAAACAUUCUGCUAAUAAAAGAAGGAUUAAAUAAGUCUUCCACAUAAACCCUAACGAGAGAUCAGUACUUACUCACUUUCUCUCCUCAUUAUCCUUUUAAUUAUUUUCAAACAUUCCUACAAACAUAUGUCGUUGUUUUGAAUAAUAUUGUUAUUUAAGAUUUUAAACACAGUAAUCAGAUAUAUAACAAAUAUAAAUGAGGUUUUACAA